AUGUUUCAGGAAGCAGAAGAGGUCGAAGUAGAGAAACGCCGUAUCGUAACGACAGUCAUGACAACAAGCGAAGGUACAUUCAUCGAUGAGUACGUUGCCAAGUUCUCGAACUAUUCUAAAUUGAUUCGGAGUACAGCUGUAUGGCAACGUUUGAUCAAGUUGCUCAACAUGCCGAAGGAGCAUCGGAAAGGUGGAUUUUUCACCACGGAGGAGCUCAGUAAAGCCGAACACACCCUCGUUCGGCUAGUCCAGAAAGUUACGCUGUCCGAUGAAUGUAAGGCUUUAUCGGAAGGGAUUCCUGUUUCACGGAAGUCGCAGCUACGAUGGUUCCACCCGUACAUGUCGCAUGAAGGAAUGAUUCGUCUCGGCGGACGCUUACGACAUUCAUCAGAGUCGGAGGACUUCAAACAUCCUAUUGUACUACCGAAGGGUCAUCAACUGACUCGAUUACUGUUUGAGGACUAUCAUAAACGAUUGCUCCAAGCAGGACCGCAGUUGCUACUGAGCACUGUUCGGUUCAACUGUUCGGCCAUUAGGAGGAAUGAGUAUCGCACGGCAAGUGGUUCAUCGCUGGUACAAGUAUUUCCGAGCAAAGUGACGCAGUUCAUGGGUGAAUUGCUAGCAGAAAGAGUAACGGUUGCCCAUCCGUUUUCGCGAACGGGAAUAGAUUUCUUUGGUCCUGUGCCAGGGCCCAGACAAACCGCUGUGAAAACGUAUGGUGCCAUUUUUGUGUGUAUGGCGAUCGAAGCAGACCUUGAGUUGGUCUCGGACCUCUCCACGAACCGGUUUAUUCAAGCACUGCGAAGAUUUGUGGCCAGACGGGGAAGGUGUUCGGAAAUUUUCUCUGAUAGCGGCACCAAUUUCGGAACCGGUUUCAGGAAUUACUACGAAUGCUGA